CAAUUGCUGUAGCAUAGUUUGGAUGCGCGCGCCUAAGCAAGUGCGAGCUGAUAAGCACCGCCCACCGCGAAAUCUGAUAUCCGUCUGCGGAACUCCAUUUCUUGGGAGUAGGUAACAUCUCGAGACUAUGAACCAUUUUGAAUUGAACGAGAAAUAAAUGUGUGAAUAAAAGAUAGAAAUCUCGUGAUUCCGAACGGACGCGGGUGACAGAGCUGAGCACUCUCAGCGUACGGGACAGUGUGGUGGCAUUUCUGGGAGUGAAACGGGUCGCCCGGAAUUUUUUUCCUGAAAGUUUACGAAUUCUAGAGCCGUCUGCGAGACGGCUGUGCGCUCUUGUGCGGGUGCGUGAGACAGUUGCGUCGAGAGCGAAUGGUUUGCUGGGCAACCAUGGAUUUUAGGUUACUUACAUUAGCAGUUGCUCUAACAGCGAUAGCAGAAGGGCAACUGAAUGGUUCUCAACCAGAAUGUGGGGGAUGCACAACGAGUAAUGGAUGCAGAUGUGUCGGGGAAAAGGGAUCCAGGGGUAUACCAGGUUCCCCUGGCCCACAAGGACCCCAGGGUAACACAGGCUUUGAGGGACCGGAGGGGCUGAUUGGACCCAAAGGAGGGAAAGGAGAACCCGGGGCACCAGGCAUUUUGGGCCCUAAGGGAGAUAGGGGCAAGAUGGGCAUGCCAGGAUUCCCAGGUAUCAGCGGUAUUCCUGGUCUGCCCGGCCCCACUGGCCCACGUGGACCUCCAGGUCUUGAUGGCUGCAAUGGAACUCAGGGUGAGCCCGGAAAUCCAGGAUUGCCAGGAGCUCGUGGGUUUGAUGGAUCACCUGGGCGUGAUGGAUUCAAGGGACAGAAGGGAGAACCUGCCCAGGCUGGAGAAGGGAUCAAAGGGGCCAAGGGUGAGCCAGGAAUGGAAGGGAUACCAGGAGUACCGGGUCGUAACGGUAUGGACGGGGACCCAGGCCGAGCAGGGGAGCCAGGGGUUCCUGGCUUCAAGGGAGAUAGAGGAGAGAAAGGACGCCCUGGCGCCAAGGGUGUCAUGGGAUUGGCAUACAAAUCUGAGAAGGGUGACAAAGGUGACCGUGGCCCCGGGGGCCCCCCUGGCCCCCCUGGAACUUCCAAACUGGAAUCCACAGGAGGGAAUACAACGAUUAUUGGACUUCCCGGUGAUCCCGGAAUGAAGGGCAUGAAGGGAGAGCCCGGUAACGAUGGUCUCCGUGGAUACCCAGGACAGGAUGGACUUCCAGGUCGCAUGGGCAGCCCCGGAAUGCAGGGAGAAAAAGGUGUACCUGGUAUUGCAGGUCCAAGAGGCAAACAAGGUCUACCAGGUAUUCCUGGCUUCAUGGGUCCCAAGGGUGAUCGGGGAAUGGACGGUCUUCCCGGACUGUCUGGUAUUCCAGGUAUGAAAGGAGAGCGCGGCUUCUCUGGAGACAAAGGAGACCUAGGACCUCGUGGACCCCAGGGCCCGCCAGGUGGUCCCGGAGGCGGCGAUGGACCCCCAGGUGAGCCCGGACCGCCCGGACCCAGGGGACCCAAUGGUGAGGACGGUCUGCCAGGAUUCCCCGGAUCUCGUGGUGAGCCUGGACCAGAGGGUUUGAGAGGAGGUCCCGGAGUUCCCGGACCACCAGGACCUCAGGGUCUUGAUGGCCCGAAGGGUGACAGAGGUGAACCUGGACUGCAAGGAUUUCCCGGAUUGGAUGGCCUUCCCGGACCACAGGGUUAUCCAGGUGCCAAAGGUGAGCGUGGCUUGAAGGGUGAACCUGGACAGUCUAUUUCUGGAGAACCAGGCCGAAAUGGUGAUCCAGGAAGGGACGGAAUUCCAGGUGCAAAGGGAGAAUCCGGACCAAGAGGGUUGCCCGGAUUACCUGGAAACUCGUCAGUUGGUCGACCUGGGCUUCCGGGACAAAAGGGUGAACGUGGUCCAUCUGGUCUGCAAGGCUUUGAAGGCAGACCUGGAUUUAACGGACGGGAUGGUGAGAAAGGUGACCGCGGUGGCCUAUGCAACUCGUGUCAAAACGGAAACAAGGGUGAGAAGGGAGAUUCAGGUUUGCCAGGUAGACCCGGGCUUCAGGGAGGCCGUGGACCGGAGGGACUGAAAGGUGAAAAGGGAGAACCCGGAUUUGAUGGAAUGCCAGGAUUGCAAGGAGCUAGGGGAAAUGAUGGUGAGAAGGGAGAGCGAGGUUAUGACGGACUUCCAGGUCUUCCAGGAAAAGAUGCACAGAUUCCAUCAAAUUUUACAAUGCCACCCAAAGGAGAACGUGGUGAUCCGGGAUUUCCGGGAGAGCCUGGACCUGUUGGACCGAAGGGGCCACAGGGUCCGCGUGGAGCCCAGGGUAUAGCUGGCAUCCAGGGAGAAAAGGGUAACCCCGGAUUUGAUGGCACUCCCGGUCGUCUAGGUGAGAGAGGUGACAAUGGGCUGCCUGGGCCGAAAGGAGAGCCCGGAUUCGGCAUGCCCGGUCGCCCGGGUGAGAGAGGAGAGCCAGGGCAGCCAGGAUUACCCGGCUUGCAGGGCAUGAAGGGAGACAAGGGUGGACCAGGUGAAACCGUGAUUGUUGGCAAAGGAAACAAGGGUGACCGCGGACCAGCAGGACCUCCGGGUAUUCCAGGACGAGACGGGUUUCCUGGAGGGAAGGGAGUCAACGGAGAACCUGGAGUGCCUGGACUGGAUGGGUUGCCAGGACGGAACGGAGAUCAGGGAUUCGACGGCAGACCAGGAGAACCAGGACCGAGAGGAUUGACCGGCCCGCGUGGAGAUAAAGGAGAUCGUGGAUUGCCUGGACUGCCAGGACAGGCUGGACCCCUAGGGGAGCCCGGACUCAAUGGACUGAACGGUCUACCAGGUGGGAAGGGAGAACCCGGUAUUCCGGGAGAAUCUGUGAUUGGACCCAAAGGAGACUCAGGCUUGGAUGGACUUCCUGGAGCAAAUGGUCUCCCUGGACGAAAGGGAGAACGAGGAUUGCCCGGACUUGAUGGUCUUCCGGGAAUGAAAGGAGAGCCAGGAUCAGAUGGAAUCCCGGGCCUGGAUGGUGUUCCCGGACAGAAGGGUGACAUUGGACCCGAGGGGCCCCGUGGUCUGCCCGGUUUCUCUGGUGAACCAGGACUCCCUGGAAUUCCAGGAAAUGUUGGUGCAAAGGGUGAAGCCGGUUUGCCUGGAAUAAAUGGACUCAGUGGAGCCCGCGGUGGAAAGGGAGAGCCAGGGCUUCCAGGAAUGGAUGGGCUUCCAGGCCUGGAUGGUGAACCCGGACCUAGUGGCCCUAACGGAGCAGAUGGACUUCCAGGACUGCCAGGUCCCAAGGGUGACAUGGGUGUGUUUGGAUUCCCCGGAGAGCCCGGGCGGGAUGGCCUGCCUGGAUUGAAUGGGGUUCCAGGGGGCAAGGGUGAACGGGGCUUCCCAGGUGUUAAUGGUGAACCCGGAGUUGAUGGUCUUCCAGGUAUGAAGGGUGAGGCAGGUCUCUCAGGGCUACCCGGGCUAGAUGGAGCCCCUGGGCGUCCAGGUCAAGCCGGGGUCAAGGGAGAACCCGGACUGAGGGGAUUAGAUGGUCGACCAGGCACAAGAGGCGCUGACGGUUUGCCCGGGUUGCAAGGUAUGAAGGGUGAAGCAGGAGCAGUUGGAGUCGGUCUCCCAGGUGACCGCGGUAUUGUGGGAGAACCAGGUCGGGAUGGGCUUGACGGUCUCCCUGGUGUAGCUGGGCCAAAGGGUGAACCCGGUGUUCCUGGAUUCCCAGGAAUGAAAGGAGAGAGGGGAUUGGAUGGUCUGCCUGGAGUAUCCGGUCCACCAGGUUUGGACGGUCUUCCUGGAAUGAAGGGAGUUGCUGGAUUACCCGGACGUCCAGGUGAACCAGGGGCUGGCGGAGAUGAUGGAAUAAAUGGACUGGAUGGUUUGCCUGGAAUGAAAGGUGAAGCUGGUACCCCUGGACGAUCUGGUCUACCAGGACAAGAUGGGCUGAAAGGCGAGCGCGGAUUACCUGGACCGGAAGGCCCUUCGGGCCAGUCCGGACUACCUGGAAUGAAGGGAGAGGCUGGUUUACCCGGAUUGCCCGGACUUGUUGGUGCUAAGGGAGCCCCAGGAUUCCCGGGAGAGCCUGGACGGGAUGGAGAAAAGGGAUCUGUGGGAUUCCCGGGUAUGGACGGUAUUCCCGGACGACCCGGAGACAAAGGAGAAAGAGGUUUCCCGGGCCUUUCUGGACCAAAGGGAGAACCUGGCCGCAGCUCAGCCGGACUGAAGGGAGAGCCUGGGCAGAAUGGACUUCCAGGAUUGGAUGGACUCAGAGGCGAGAAGGGAGACUCAGGACUGAGAGGUUUGGAUGGAUUGCCGGGAACCAAGGGUGAGCCUGGUAUACCUGGCGACGGUUUGCCCGGGAUGAAAGGAGACCCGGGAUUGCCGGGCAGGAAUGGUGAGCCAGGUGCCAGGGGCCCAUCGGGUCUGAAUGGUUUUCCAGGUGUCGACGGGCGCAAGGGUGAUCGUGGAGAGCCUGGAUUGCCUGGGCCAACAGGUCAAGACGGUCUUCCUGGAUUAUCUGGUGACAAAGGUGAUGCUGGAAUCCCAGGCCUUACUGGUCUGAACGGAAUGAAGGGUGAGCCCGGACUCAAUGGGCUUCCAGGUCCAUCCGGUCCCAGGGGUCUGGACGGCUUGCCAGGCCUUAUAGGACCCAAGGGUGAAGCAGGUUUCCGUGGAAGCCAGGGAGAUAAAGGUGAGAGAGGUCCGAUGGGCCAGAUUCCACCAGAGAACAUUUUGAAAGGUGUGCGUGGUGCGGACGGACUGCCCGGCCUCCCAGGUCAAGAUGGCCUCAACGGAUUGCAGGGUGAUCCUGGUUUACCUGGUGUGCCAGGACGCAAGGGUGACCAGGGUGACAACGGUUUCCCCGGAUUGUCUGGGGCCAGGGGAGAUAAGGGUGACAGAGGUCUCAGUGGGCGCCCUGGACUGGAUGGCUUGGAUGGACCAACUGGUCUCCCUGGCCUUCCUGGUCUCCCGGGCAACCCAGGUUUCAUCCCACCAGUUGGUUUCCUGAUGACCAAGCACAGUCAGUCCCAGAACCUCCCAGAAUGCCCCGGAGGAAUGAACAAGAUGUGGGAAGGCUACAGUCUACUCUACAUUGAGGGCAAUGAGAGGUCACACCAUCAGGACCUUGGCUGGGCUGGAUCCUGCGUUCGUCGCUUCAACACGAUGCCGUUCCUGUUCUGCGGUACUGACAACGUGUGCAACUACGCCAGCCGCAAUGACAAGUCAUACUGGCUCUCGACAAAUGCCCCCAUGCCCAUGAUGCCAGUCGGGGAGACAGAAAUUGUGCCAUACAUCAGCCGAUGCGUUGUCUGCGAUGCGCCUUCCAAUGUUAUGGCAGUUCACAGCCAGACGGUCGAGAUUCCAGAAUGUCCGAUCGGUUGGUCUGGGCUCUGGAUUGGCUACAGCUUUGUCAUGCACACUGGUGCAGGCCCCAGCGGUGGUGGUCAGGCCCUUUCAAGCCCAGGCAGCUGUCUCGAGGAUUUCAGAGCCACGCCUUUCAUUGAGUGCAACGGCGCACGCGGUACCUGCCACUUCUUUGCAAAUAAAUAUAGCUUCUGGCUAACCACAGUAGCGCAAAAUCAGCAAUUUAGAACCCCUGUUUCAGAAACUCUUAAAGCCGGAAACCUUCGCUCUCGAGUCAGCCGUUGCCAAGUGUGCGCUAAAGUUGUAACGGGACUCUAGACCUUUCAUAGCUAGCGUAGUGAACUAUAAUAUAUGCUUCAUUUUUUCAAUAACACCUAUGCAGAUUUGUUUACACGUCGUUAAGUAUGCCACCUGUAAUUAUCACAAUUUUGUUUUCAUUUGUGUAGCAACUGGAGUUUUUUUAGAUUUAUUAUUUGUAAAUGUUUUGCUACUAGUAUCUGUAUUUUACUUUUUAAUUACUUCUUAAUCAUGGUGUUUGUGUGUAUUGGAGUCUUACAAAUUGGCUCACCAUUUAAGUGCCUUUUUAUGUAUGACAUCGAAGUAGCUUAAUCAUGACUUUUUGUAUACUUGUUUUUUUCUAUGUAAAUUACAUGUUUGUGACUGAUAGGUGUACAAGAUUGAACUUUUGCUUUUUGAUAAAAGCUAUUGAAUGCCCAAAAUUUAGACAGGACUUGUAUACAAUAAUUGGGACCUUUGCAUUGUUUGUUUUUUAAUUAAUCAAAGACCAAUUAUUGUUGCAAGAAAUUUUAUAUGUAUUCUAUUUUGUGGUUGUCAUGUUUUUAUUCAAAAAGCCUGAGUGAUAUUCUUUUCAUUGUAAGAAUGGAUUGGUGUUUGAAUGAGCUCAUCUGUGAUUUGUAUUCAGCUGCCUUUUCAUUGGCUUAAAAUGUAACAUGAGUGAUGUACGUACACAUUUGAUUUGGUCAUUUGAAAGACAUGAUAGUUUAUUGAUGUAAAAUCUACUUUGAUUGGUCAUUCAAGAGAAAUGAUACAAUAUGGAUGUAAAACCACAUUUGAUUGUUCAUUUUAAAUACAAUGUUAGGGCAUUUUUUAAAGCUAUAUUUUGAUUCCAUAACAGGUGAAUAUUUAAAUGAAGUUUUAACAUUUUGAGAAUGCAGAUGAAACAAAUAUGCCCUUUAAAUUUGAUUUGAAUACUUAUCAUUUAAUAAAUUUAAGUAUUGUUUGAUUGAUAAGUUUAUAUGACAUGUUGUGCAUACAUUAAUUUGUUUAAGGCUUUAAAUGUGUAGGUGUCAUUUUCACAUUACUUUCUUUUUUAUUAAAUCCAAUUUUUUUAUAUGUUUGAAAAUACUCAAAUCAACAUAAGUUUUUUUAAAGUAAGGAUUUAAAACGUUUUGACUAUAUUUUCUAUAUUAAAACCAUUUCAUACUGUUAGUAUCAUGACUGAAACAAUUAUUUUAUUUUUCCAAGCCUUAAAGCCUUGCAAAAUGUAGCAUAGACAAGUUCCAUUUUGAUUGGCUUACCUAUUAUAUAGGAUCAUGUUUGUAUAAUAUAAUAGUAAAUGUUAUAUAAAAAGGGAUAUUCAUUGAAUUUAAGUGCGUACUGACUGAAUGGGCCUUUCAACAGCGCUGUUUAGAUCAACAUCUUAAGUUAAACACAUCAAUGACAAUACCUGCUCAGUCAAAUCUUCCAAUAUGGUUCUUACAAGUGUUAAUAUGUUAGCAAAGUCAAUUACAUGUUUAAAUUAUAGUAGGUAUAAAGCAAUAUGUUAUUGCCUCUGAAAAUUAUAAGUAAAUUCAUAUAAUUGAAACUUGUUAGAAAUCACAAAAGGCAGUCAGUGAAGUUUGCAUUUCAUUCAUACAUGUAUAUCUCGCAGUGGAUCGACUUAAUGUGCCAAACAAUUAUUGUACAGAAUUGAGACAAUGCCAAUAUGUAUAUGUCAUGUAGAUCUGGACUUUCUGAUUUGACGUUCGCAGGUAUACCGCAUUUUCAUCUCUUGCAGCAAGCUCGUUAGAAUGUUCUGUCUAAGUACUACAUGUCAUUUUGAAAUAAACGAUUUUUUUGGUA